GUGAUGUAUUUUACACAGCGCGUGAACCCAAUACAUGGCCAAUCUCGGUGGCAGUUUGUUGCAUUCCUUCGUUUUUUAGCCGGUUUUGUUUAUCUGUUUGUUAAUUCAAUCACAGCAAGGUAGUAUUGAAAGACAAGUCCUUGUUCUGAACGUUGAUUAGGCGAAGGAAACCCUGUUUCCAGUGAUAGUUACUCACAGGAGUCAUUUGCCGGUACGUACAUUUGAUGAAAGCGACGCUCUCUUGCUGAUAUAUUCGUCUUGAGCGACGGUUCUAGCCUGUUUCGAGGUCUUCUUUUACACUGAAGAACGGCAAAACUGGCGGGCUUGGAAAUUCUGAAACAAUCUUCGUUUAUACAACAUGGCGAAACUACUACUUCAAUGGAGGAAUGUGAAACGAAAGAGCCCCAGCAAUAUACUGUCGUCAACAGCAAUACAAACGACGAGGACUCGUUUACCUUAGAACACACAGACGAUAUUUGUUUUCAAGAAGAAACUCUAUCUAAUUCUGAUAAUCUGGAGGUGGAAAGUGGAGUAGAAAGUGCUACGGGAGAUGUAACCGAAGCAGAAUUGCUUGAAUUGGGUUUCACUUCGGACUACUUCGACUACGCUGGUGAAAAUUUGUCUUUUUUGCAACUGGGUGAUCUAGAUUUAACGACAGAACAAGCGCAGGAAACCUUGAAAUAUUUCACAUUAGCAUCAGACCGAACGAACCAGAUGACCAAGACACACAAUGAUCUUGAUGCCAUUUUGCAACUCUUGCAAGAGAAAGAGAAAGAUCUUGAGCUUGCAGCACGAAUUGGGCAGUCCUUACUGGAGAGGAACAAGCAGCUUUUGGCAAAAACACAAGCAUUUGAGAAUUUUGUUGCUGAAUGCGACGAAAAGGAGACACAACUCCAACAUGAAGUUUCAAUGAAGAAUGAACUUCUUCAGAAAUUUCUUAAAGAUCAGGAGUUUGAGGAGCUCUAUCAAUUGUCUCAUCGUUCAGACGAAGACAGUCGUAGCAGUGACAGCUCAUGUAGGGAUGAUUCCAUCUCCUCACUUCAACAGAAGUGCCAAGCGCUAGAGCAACAAAACACACAUCUCAUCUUAGAGGCAUUGCAGUUGAAGGAAGAAACAGCAACAGUGGAAAUGAAGGAACAACAACUGGUGCUAGAUUGUGUUAAACAACUAGUUGAAGCUAAAGAUCAGAUAUCCGGUUUGACUGAUGAGAUCUCCCGCAAAGCAGAGGACAACAUCAGACAGCAGGAGGAAAUCACUCAUCUAAUCUCAACUGUUGUGGAUCUGCAAAAACGUCACAAGCAGCUUUCAAUGGACAAUGAAGAUCUGCAAAGUUUACUGAACUCUUCUCAAACUAAUCAGAACCAACUUAAAACCAAGGUGGAUGAUUUACAAGAUAAAUACCAUGAGUGUUUGGAGAUGUUGAUGGAAAAUCAGAGGGAAGUCAAAAAGUUAAACACGAAGAUAGAGAGUGGGACUGGACCUAGCAAGAUGUCACCCUCUUCUCAGCUAUCUUAUUAUGAUUCCCGUGAUUCCAUUGCUCUGGAAAUUGAGGAAAGCGUUAAAAGAGAUCUGACUUCCCAGCAAGAAAAACGAGAACACACAGCUCGUGUCAUGGAAACUGUCCGUGCCAUCAACGCUGGCAAAACUUCGAGAAGACCUCGAAAAAUAGGGGUACAUAAUCACCAGAGCACAAGUUCUGCUAAGGAUGGACCAGGCUUCAAAUUCACACUAUCCGACACCGCAGCUGAAACCCGAGGGGGAGGUGAAGGAACGAGUGAAUCACAGGACGGGAACCCUGGGGCAGAUCGGCGAAUGUCUUACACACGGCGCUCGUUCAGAGCUCCAGAGAAGCUGCAAAUCGUUAAACCAAUCAAAGGGUCAGUCACACUGCACCAGUGGAAGAAACUAGCCAAUCCAACGCUGAACCUUGCAGAGCAACGCCCAGGGGUACACGUGAAGGGGAACGGCCAGGAGUUACCAGAUAAGGAGCCAAGGGAACACACAGAUACGAUCGACAUGGACCCAGACGAGUACGUGGAAGAUGAGCCAUUGCAAAUGAACCUUUCUCGUACCUCGGAAGGGACUUCAGGGGCUGCCAGCCAAACAGGGACAGAAGAUGAUGAGGAUGAAGACGAACCUAUUCAGAUGCGAAUUGGUCGCAGUCCAGAAAAAGUAGCCUCACCCACUGGGGCUAAGAAAACGGGGUCUGUGAAGAGAAGCCCCGCUGUGUCCCCUCCACGAAGUCUGGGCCUGAUCUCGCUUGUAAGCGGGCAAGGCUUUCAGAGAGGCUUCAAAGAACGUAGUGUUGACAGCGGUGGUAUCUUAACGCACCUUCUAAACAGCCCCUCUACUUCAUCACCUGGGACGUCUUCAGUGGGCCAGGUACUCGCUGACGUGUUGAAUAAGGCCAGCAAGGAAGCAUCAGAGAAGGAGCCUACUAGGGCCGAGUCCCUUCGCAACCUGGCAAAUUACUUUAGUGAGAAAGAACGUGGUAGUAGCACCGCGCCUCCUAAAGUCAAAACCCCUACCUCUCCCCCAGUGGUACCGCUUACCAGCACCGUACCCCCAGCCGGGGGUGGUUUGCUGCUUAGUAAGAUACUCGGCACGAGCGGUUUAUCAGCAGGGUUGACGAUUCCUUCGCCGACAACAACGACAGCUAAGACAAACACUCCUCCCACCACCACUAACAGUACGUCCACAGCACCCAGUAUUUUUACACGAAGUACUUUGGUCAGGAACUCCAGUGGCAGCAACUUGCUUAGCUUGGCCCAAGAAGCAACAGCAGAGGAUGCUUCAAGUAAGCGUCACAGUCUGGACUCAUCUCUGCUUAAGAACACAAACAAGCAAUUGGAGUCUGAAUCUUCUCAGGGACUGGAUUUUUCUCAGUUGAAAUUUCCAACACUUCGCCGGCGUGCGAGUAGCGGUGAUCUUCAAGAAAUGGGAAGUUCAAGCAGCUUAGAUCGGCUUAGCGGCGAUGGGUUAGGAGCUCGAUUAUACAGGAGCUCUAGUAUCGGAAAUAUGAAGGACCUUAGCAACGAGAACCUUUCAGGGCCAUCGGGGGACGUCUCUGAAGGGGGAUUUUUUGGUCGUCUUCGUCGCUCUCCAAGCAUAGGGAGCCUCACAAACCUUGUUCAACGAUCCAAUUUUUCUGCAGUUCUUCCAAAUUCACUUGAAGGAUCUAGACAACGUUCAACGAGCUUAGAGACAUUUCCAGUGUUCAAGGCGGGCCAAUCUCCUUCUCCAUCCAAGUUCGAAGAUGGUGGACAUUUCUUUGGAAAGAAUGCUCCCUCAUCCAGUGUGGAUGCGUUACGCGGGGCUUCCGGUGGGGUCGUCACUGCGGGGUCUCGGCUGAGUAGUUUGGCUGGGGUCCGCGGUUUUUGGUCCCAGGGAUUGAGUAAAAGCUUGGAGAGUCCUGCGCCGCCAGUUGUCCUACAGCCACAACAACCCAAGAGUGAAGAGCGGCUUGAAAAAAUCAACAAGGCCUUUGCUUUUGAGGAUUUUGGAGGGCUAGGACUGAUGUCGUUUUUUGGAGGCAAAUCUCGUGGUUCUAGAUCAGGCAGUCAGUGAGAGGAAGAGAUAGGAUUACAGACGAGCAAUCGCUAAAUUCGGCCUUGGAAGGGAGAAGAUGUCCCCACCCUUCACUCGGUCAAGUUCGUAUUGUUUGGUAGCGAAUUCCCCCCC